UCCAAAGCUCGACAAGGAUAAGCAAGUUAAGGUUUGUUUCACUUUAAUUUUUCUGGUGUUAAUUUGAGGUUCAGGGUCCAUGGCUUCUGGAGGAUCCAAAUCAGUAGCCUCCAUCCUCCUGGCCCUUAAUCUAGUGCUGUACUUCAUUGUGGUUGUGAUUGCUUCUUGGGCAGUGAAUCAUGGGAUUCAAAGGUCUAGAGAAACAGCAUCUGUUUUGUCCCUUCCAGCUCACAUAUUUCCAAUAUACUUCCCAAUGGGAAACAUGACAACUGGUUUCUUCGUGGUUUUGUCUCUCAUUGCUGGUGUUGUGGGGUUCAUCACCUCACUCACUGGAUUGCAUAACAUUUUCCAGUGGAAUGCUCCCAACUUGCAUGCAGCAGCCAUGUCUUCAUUGACUACAUGGGCACUCACUCUACUAGCCAUGGGAUUUGCUUGCAAAGAGAUUGAACUUGGCUGGACAGACUCAAACCUGCGCACCUUAGAAACGAUCACGAUAAUUGUAAGCGCAACACAGCUGUUAUGCACGGGAGUUAUCCAUGUUGGGGUUUUAGAAGUAUAGCACGGGAGUUAACCAUGCUGGGGUUUUACAAGUUAUUCCGCAGAGAACCGAAAGAGUAUGAGUUUCAGUUUCAUCUGGUGGCAUAUACGAAUAUGAAUACUCUCUUUCAAAUAAACUGCAAAUUUAAUUGUAUAUUUUUUUCCAUGAAGUUGUUUCGUUUAUUUUGUGUAUGAAUGAGAGUGAAAAUAAUUAAUUGUAACAAUUAUUUUAAUUUCAUUUGAGGACAAUAAAGAAUUUACUCUU